UCAGUGGCAAGUUAAGCCUUUUUUGGAGUAGUACUAUUUUCUUAUAUCUGGUUCAGCCUUCCUCCUCUCUAGUCUCUCUGUACAUCAUCUAUAAAUUAACAACGCAGCAGCUGAGUCGAAAAUUCGUCCUCGCCUCUUCCUUCUCAAAUUCCUCUUCCAAAUUUAUCCUCUACUUUUCCCCUUCGCUCUCAAUUGGUACCAAUUACUAAUAUUCAUUCAAUUAGUAAAAUUUGAACCCAAAAAAAAAGAAAAAAGGAACUUGUUGUGCAAUCACUCGCCUCGCGACAAAUGGCCGAAACUGGGAUCAAUCGCAGCAACGUAGUCACGCCAACCAGAAAAAGGUCCGGCUCCGACGAGAAUUGGGACCGCGAUGACUUGGUUGUGGCCAAGAAACAAAUGAAGCCCCUCACCCUCUGGCCCGAUCAGAUUCAGGACCCUGCCUCCGCUCUGGCCAAUGCCCGUCACGAGUUCGGCGAGCAUGGCGGCGUUAACAUGUCCAUCGAGGCCUCCGCCACCUUCACCGUCAUGGAGCCCGAGACCAUGCGCCGGAUGUUUUCCGGCGAGCUCGGCCCCGACCGUGACUUCUUCAUCUACAGCCGCCACUUCAACCCGACGGUGCUCAACCUGAGCCGCCAGAUGGCCGCCCUGGAGGGAACGGAGGCAGCCUACUGCACGGCGUCGGGGAUGUCGGCCAUCUCGUCCGUGCUGCUGCAACUGUGCAGCUCCGGGGGGCACGUGGUGGCCUCCAGGACCCUCUACGGGGGCACCUACGCCCUCCUGUCCCAUUUCAUGCCGAGGGCGUGCAACAUCACGACGUCGUUCGUGGACAUCAGGGACCACCUGGCGGUGAAGGAAGCCAUUGUGGAGGGGAGGACCAAGGUGCUGUACUUUGAGUCGAUCUCGAACCCCGCGCUGAAGGUGGCGAACGUGCCGGAGCUGUGCCGGAUAGCGCAUGACAAGGGGGUGACGGUCGUGGUGGACAACACUUUCGCACCCAUGGUAAUGUCGCCCGGGAGGUUGGGUGCUGAUGUGGUGGUUCACAGUAUCUCCAAGUUCAUAAGUGGCGGCGCCGACAUCAUUGCAGGUGCUGUGUGCGGUCCAGCGAGCCUGGUGAACUCCAUGAUGGAUCUGCAACAAGGUGCUCUGAUGCUGCUUGGUCCAACAAUGAAUCCCAAGGUGGCUUUUGAACUUUCAGAGAGGCUUCCCCACCUCGGCUUGAGGAUCAAGGAGCACUGCCACCGGGCUCUGACCUACGCUACCCGCAUGAAGAAACUGGGCUUCAAAGUCAUCUACCCCGGACUCGAUGAUCAUCCUGAUCAUUCCACCUUGAAAUCUUUGGCCAACAAGGACUACGGCUUCGGGGGCAUCCUCUGCGUGGACAUGGAAACUGAGGAGAGGGCUAACCGUUUCAUGAAUCUUCUGCAGAACUACACUCAGUUUGGGUUCAUGGCUGUCAGUUUGGGCUACUAUGAGACCUUAAUGUCCAUCUCCGGAAGCAGCACCAGCAGCGAGAUGAACGCCCAAGAGAAGGCGUUGGCCGGCAUUUCGCCCGGAUUGGUUAGGAUGUCGAUUGGCUAUAGUGGAACGCUGGAGCAGAAAUGGAGCCAGCUUGAGAAGGCCCUUUCCAGAAUGCAAGACACCAAUUUGUUCCAAAAGCAUUAAAAAAAACAAGAAGAAGACCACGCAUAUCUUCUGUCUCGCUACUACUACUACUUUUUUAGUGGUUGCUGGUGUUUUUAAUGUAAAACCGUGAACGUUCACAUACAAGUACAUUAUGUUGCUGCUUCCUUUUUGGGUAAUACAAUCGUGUCUAUGACCUCUACUCUGCUGGACCCCACUUAGUUUUGGUAAUUCUUAACCUUGUGUAUUUUCUCAA